AUGUUCAUUCUCCUCCACCUUCUCCUAAUCGUCAGUUCGGCUCUCGCCGAUGCCUCCAAUGAUGGCACUUGUACUGCCCCGUCCUCAGACCAGACUCACACCGACUCUCCGUCUGGUCCUCAUCUUAUCGGAAAGUAUCCUUCGCAGUGUUCGAGCCCUGGAGAUCCGCUCAACGGGAAGUACUGUUGGUUCAUCAUCAACGACACUAAUCAAGUCACUGGCAGUGCUUCUAUUGGUUCCAACUUUUCGUCCACUGAUAGUUUUGCUCAACUGCAGUUCGCGGUCCAUCUGAGGGAUGAAACCCCUGUUGAUGUCGGUGUUCGGGUAGAGGGCAACUCUUCCAUGCUCUUCGAUUUGCCCUUGGGAAUCAAGAUUGAAACUCAUUUUUCGAUUCCAAAAUACCAAGACACCGGUGGUGAGGAUGGUGUUGGCGGUAAAAAGAUCACUUUCCCUACACAACUACGCACACGUGUAAAAGUUCCUUGGAAGAAAAAAAAGGUUGAAGGGCAUGCUGUUGACCGUGGCAUCGCUUUCGUGAACACGACUGGUGGAACUUAUCACUACCUGGUCACAGAGCCCAGGGUGACUGUUAAGACCAAAUCUGUCAAUUCGAGCAUCUCGUAUCAUCUUGCCAUCGCUACGAAUGUCCUCUCUAAACGUUGGACUUAUGAUGCCUAUGUUGAUUACAAGAUUGAGGGAGAUUCGAAAGGUCUUCGUCUCAAGUCGUCGAACAGAAUUUGGAUAUUCCAAGGGGGGAUUGACAUCGAGUAACUAUCUUUACUGCUAUAAUUAUCCUCUGGCUGAAUCGGUCAAUCUGAUACGAGUCGUUCAAUCGUUCGAGGUAUUGCUCUAUCAUCCCCUUGCUCAGUAUCCAACUCGUAAGCAUUUGGCCGUUUUUAUUCUAAGAAUUGACAAUCUUCAAGUCGGGAACUGAGUCCAGCUCAAGGUUUGGAUUAAAUUGCCUCUAUCCGGUUCCAUGACCACCAAAGGUGGUGCUUCUUGAGGCGCCAAGAAGAGAAGAGGGAGCUCCUACGCGUAUCAUAA